AAAAACUUAUUAAACUCAUAUGAAAAGUUUCUUAAAAUUUUGAAUAUCCGUCAUUUGUCUAGUAAAUGUCUGAAUAUUAACCUCACAAUAUUUUUAAGUACAAUCCACAUAUUUUUUCCACUACAUAAAAAACUAGACAUAAAUUGUAUAAAAUAUGUUGAAUAAUAUAAGAAUUUUGAAUAAGCCACGAGGAAUCAACUGGAAGAAUGUUCUACGAAAUUUUUCUUCUGAAGUUAUCGAUACUAAAAAAAGUGAUGGGAACAAAGCUGCAGAAGCUGUGAAAAAGAAUUACUUAUCUUACCGACAUAUAUAUGCAGAGUUCCUUCCAGAUCCAAAUGUGAAAUUUCGAAAUACUAUCCGUGAAAAGUUAGAAAGGAAGGAUAUGAUCUCCCGUAGAACUCAAGUAGCUAUCCCUGAAUUUUAUGUUGGGUCAAUAAUGGCUGUUACUAUUUCUGAUCAACAUUCACCUGGUAAGACUGAGAGAUUUGUUGGCAUUUGUAUCAAAAGAGAAGGAUGUGGAUUAAGAGCUAGUUUCAUUCUGAGGAAUGUAAUUGACAAUGAGGGUGUUGAAGUUCUAUAUGAAUUAUACGAUCCCACAAUUCAAAAAAUUGAAGUAUUGAGAUUGGAGAAGAGGCUUGAUGAGCAAUUAUUAUAUUUAAGAGAUUCUUAUCCAGAGUAUAGCACUUUUGAUGUGAACAUGACACCCGAAUUAAUUACUGAGGAUACUCCUGUACCUGUAAAUACCACCAAAGUAAAAUUGAAGCCUAGACCUUGGACACAAAAGUGGGAACGUCAAAACCUCCAGGGAGUCCAAGAAUUUGAGUUGCCACAGAAAUUUAUGGAUAAGGCAGCUAAGGUGGCAAAACCUUGGGAAAAAUACGAUUUAAUGAGGACUUAUAUGAAAACAAUUCCAGAAGAAGAACAGAAUGAAAUAUUUGACGAUAUUAAAAAUCAGUUGCAAAAAUUAGAAAUAACAAGAAAGAAGAUGAAGAGGUCACGUACCUUUGUAAGACCAGUAAAAUUAGCUUAAUUAUAUAUAUUUUUAUCGAUUAAGUAUAAAUUAGUUGAAGAAAUUA